AUGUCAAAUCCAUUCGCUCACGAGUCCAGAAAUGGCAACCUCGCCGCUCCACGAGAUUCACUAGAACUCGCAUCCCUCGCCUCGUCUUCCCCCGCCUCGAUAGACGGUUCGUCACGCUCAUCGUCCCCGGACGGCAUCUCGUCAUCGCGCAAGCUCUCCCUCGAGGAUGAAGAUCCUUUGGCCGGCCCUGCAGAAGACGGCUACCUCGAAUCAGGCCACACACGGGGUCUCCGAUCAUACUCGGUUUCCUCCGCGUUCGACUUUGGUGGCAACCUCUUCCCACUCUCACAAACACAAGGUGGCUAUGCACCGUUAGGCACCCCGUCGCUAGAUCGCCAAGGUCAAGACGGAUCAUUGGAACGGAAUAAGACAUUAACAUACCUGAAUGGUCUGUCACUAAUUGUCGGUCUGAUUAUUGGCUCUGGAAUCUUUUCGUCCCCGAGUCAAGUCAACGCCAACGCCGGGUCUCCGGGCGCCUCGCUCAUAGUCUGGGCCGUGGCGGGCCUGCUCGCCUGGACGGGCGCUGCUAGUUAUGCAGAGCUAGGAGGCGCAAUCCCGCUGAAUGGCGGUGCUCAGGUGUACCUGUCGAAGAUCUUUGGAGAUCUGAUGGGCUUUUUGUUUACUUGGUGUGCGGUGUUGGUGCUGAAACCGGGGUCGGCAGCGAUCAUUGCGAUCAUUUUUGGAGAAUAUGUCGUGCGAGGAUUUGUCGGAGCCGACGUGGUGAUGGGCAAUCCGUGGAUCAACAAAGGUGUUGCGCUCGGCGGAUUAAUGCUUGUGACGGUGUUCAAUUGCAUCUCGACCAAGAUCGCUACUCGCAUCGGUGAUCUUCUCAUGUUCUUCAAGUUCAUCGCUUUACUAUUUGUAACCGUGACGGGAGUCGUGGUCGCCAUCACGGGCUUCUCAGCCAAAGGAGAUGCCAAUGAGGAGUGGAAAACUCACGGAUGGUUCGAGGGUACUAAUACCGAGAUCUCUGAUUUUGCCGUCGCGCUGUAUGCGGGUCUGUGGGCUUUUGAUGGCUGGGACAAUACCAAUUAUGUGACCGGCGAAUUCAAGAACCCGAAUCGCGAUCUACCCCGAGUUAUUCAUACGGCCAUGCCAUUGGUCAUUCUCUCAUAUCUGCUAGCCAACGUCGCCUAUUUCCUCGUCCUCCCACAUGAUACCAUUGAAGCCAGCAACACCGUCGCCGUUCAAUUCGGUAGUAAAGUAUUUGGCCCCGUGGGUGGUCUGGUGUUGGCGCUCGUGGUAUCAGCCAGUUGUUUCGGCACCCUGAAUGCCACCACUUUCACCAGUGGUCGGCUGGUAUAUGCGGCGGGCAAGGAAGGUUAUCUUCCCUCAAUAUUUGGCCGACUUGGAUUCUCCGGCUCGGCUUCUCAAGGACCACCAGCUGGUAGCCGCCUUCGUAGCCGGUCAUGGGCUCGGCGGUCAAUUUCGCGUGUGCUGGGUGACGAUGCGCGACUCGGCUUCACGCCCAUCAACGCCAUGGCUUUCAACGCCACCUUGACUGCCAUCUAUAUUGUGGUGGGUGAGUUUGGAACGCUUGUGACCUUUUAUGGAGUUGCAGGUUAUACGUUUUAUUUCCUGACGGUAUUGGGAUUGAUUGUUUUGCGCAUUCGUGAACCGCAUCUGGAGCGCCCGUACCGGACGUGGAUCACGACUCCCCUUAUCUUCUGCUGUGUCAGUCUAUUCCUCCUCAGUCGAGCCGUGAUUGCCGAACCUCUCCAAACCCUUAUUGUUGUGGCCUUUAUCAUCACCGGAGUCCCCGUCUACUAUUGGCGCAUCUACCAGCGAGAUGGACGAAGUGGAAUCUCUGGAUGGAAGUUUUGGAAAUGGCGCACCAAGUAA